AUGACCGAAUCUUCGCACACCAACCCUCCUCCACUCUCAACGGAUUCUCCAGCUCGAACGCCAGCGCCCAAUACCACUACCGCAACCGCUCCAGAUCAAUUCUCCAAAAUGGACGUCAACGGCUCAAAUACACCUACCGCGGACCUCUCCGGUGCCUCCGCAACACAGGUGCGCCCCGGCGGUGCGCCCGCCCGCGUCUACCUCAAUGAUAAAAUUGUGCCGCAUCUACUCGAAGGGAUGAAGUCCGUUGCGCGAGAACAGCCAUCCGAUCCGCUGCGAGUCCUUGGGGAAUAUUUAAUUCAAAAGAGUGAUGAGUUGGAGGGUGAUGCGAAGAAGGAGACGGAAUAA